AUGUAUACAGUAAUGUAUAUCCCAGCUCCCCUGUACGCCAUUAUAGUGAUGUGACAUGUAUACAGUAAUUACUCACUCUUUGAGUCCCCCGUGGUGGUGGAGAGGGUGUCUCCUCUCAGCGGAGGAUAGCAGACCUCUCCUGCACCUGUCACCUCAGCGGUGAUGCCGAAGAAGCCAGAAACCGGAACUCGGCUUCACAAUGAGGCUCGGAGCGCAGCCGCUCCAUCAUCUGUGCUCACUGCUAGAGAAUUUCUCCUCGCAUUUGGCAAGCGGGCGAGCUGCUUUUUCAAGCCC